ACCCUGCAAUGAUUUUUGUUUUGCGUAAGCAUCUACGUACGUAACCGCUAAUGUUCUUCCGACCAAUAACUCUAUAUAAUCCAUUGGGAGAAGCAAGAGUUAAGGUGUACGUAUGUGCGGUGGUAACAAAAGAGAGAUAAAAUGGCAGAAAUUGGUAACAGAGAGCGCAGGUGGUCUCUUCAGGGAAUGACCGCCCUUGUCACUGGUGGAACUAAAGGAAUAGGGUAUGCAAUCGUGGAGGAAUUGGCAGGCCUAGGGGCAAUUGUGCAUACAUGUUGUCGAAAUGAGGCCGAUCUCAAUAAAUGCUUAAAUGAAUGGAAAACAAAGAAAUUUCAAGUCACUGGGUCAGUCUGUGAUGUUAUGUCUCAAACACAACGAGAGGAGCUAAUUAGCACCGUCUCUUCUCUAUUUGAUGGAAAACUCAACAUCCUUGUUAACAAUGUAGGAACAAACAUAAUGAAAGUGACCACAGAGUACACAGCUGAAGAUUUCUCAUUUAUCAUGGCCACGAAUUUGGAACCUGCUUACCAUUUGAGCCAACUUUCGCAUCCUCUUCUAAAAGCUUCAUUAGCCGGAAACAUUGUAUUUUUAUCUUCAGUUUGUGGGGUUUGUGGUGUUGUAUCAGUAGUGAAUGUGGGAUCCAUAUAUGCAGCAACUAAAGGAGCAAUGAAUCAGCUAACGAGAAGUUUGGCAUGCGAGUGGGCGAAAGAUAAUAUAAGGACUAAUUGUGUUGCACCAUGGUUUAUCUGGACUCCCCUUGCUGAACCUUAUCUUGCUAAUGAAAACUUCUUGAACUCUGUUAUCUCUCGAACUCCCAUGGGACGCGUUGGAGAGCCAAAAGAAGUAUCGUCCUUAGUGGCGUUCCUUUGCCUUCCUGCGGCCUCUUACAUAACCGGACAGACUAUAUGCGUCGACGGAGGGAUGACCGUGAAUGGCUUAUUGUGCCCAUAAUUGCAUAUAUGAUUCAGAAUUAGAGAAAGCAAAUGCCAAUUUCCCUACUUGCAGACUUUGCAGUAUUGCAUGAUAAUAAGGCAUCAAUUUGUUUUAUCUCUGUGUGCUCUCGUGUAACUUUGUUAUAAUUAUUACGAGCUUGUAGCCCCGUUCUAUUCAUGCGCGGGUUUUUGUUGAUAUUUAUAUAAUGAUUUAUGAAUUUGGUUUUAA